GAUCACUAGCUUUCCUUAAGCUAUUUGCGCCAUCACGUCGGGUCACCCUCUGACGUCCGGAUUUGACCAUGGCACGGCGGAUAGCAGAAGCUUGCAAGGGUCCGUGUUGAGGGCUCCUCGAUAUCGCGCACUAAAACUGCAUUCUCCCCAAUCCGGCACGCAGCUCUAAGGGAAUGCACGUUACUCACCGUCGACGGCGCGCCAGCCUACUCUCAUGCUCUGCUCAUCAUCGACAUCGUCUCCCGCUUGCCAUCCAACCGCGCCCGCCAACUGCCCGCCUACAGCGCUUACUUGGCCUUCCCGCACGACAAAGAGACGGCGCCUUCCUGCCACCUUCUCGGCCGUAUCCUUACCGAUCUAACUUGCUUAAACCCACAACGGGCCCUACUCAACGGCCUCUCGUCGCAAGGCUGUCUCCUAGUCCACGACAACUUCCCACCAUAACUUUCUUAGUUGACUACGGCAUUACUUUUUUUCCCCGAUGAAGAUGUUGUCACUGGGCCCUCCAAUCGUCAACUUCGGCCCUGGUUGCCCCCGGUGCUGACUCCGAACUUCACCGAGCGAGGCAAAAAGAGGCACAGAAGUCCAGCUGCAGGCGUGCUUCGCCCGGU